AUGAAAGCAAGAGUCUUUUCUAAGUAUGAAGCUAAGCAAGAAGAACUUGCAGCAAUCGAAAGAGAUCCUAGUCUGAAAGGAAAAACUAGGAAAGAGAUGGGUUUAUUGGAGUUCACCGGUACACAGAUUAGGUCUAACAUCUGUGGUAUCAAUCUUACUUUCUCUCCAAUUUACUUUAAUGCCUUGCUGGGUUUGAAUAACUCUGGGUUAGUACUGGAUGAUUUUGAGAAGGAUACAAGAUUUAGAGAAGAACUUCUGCACAGGAUGUGCAUUGAUAUGAAGAUGAAGGGAAAGGUUAAAGGUCUGACAGAAGAAUGUAGGGUUCUUUUCAAGAUUAUUUUAUCAACUAUCAGUCCAAGAGUUGGUGGCACUGAUACUAUCUCAUGGCCCCAUCGCCAUCUGAUAUACUUCCUUCUGACUGAGAGGAAAGUCAAUCUGGGUCACAUCGUUCAGAAUCUGAAGAAGUUCUAUCCAGAACUUAUGGCUCAGAAGUUCUCUCCAGAAGUUCUGAAUGCAAGUUUUCUGACAAAGAUGCAUCUAAUCAACACCAAGCUGGUUCAACCUAAACAAGAGUUUAAAGUAAGUCUUGAAGAUCGUCUGUAUGUAGAUGGAUUUCUUGUAAUCUCUGAAUUGGAUGCUGAGCACAUCAUUCAAGAUUAUCUGAAGGUUCUUAAGGAUGAAGGUUAUACUGUUGAUAGGAGUAUGGUUCCAAAGGCUCCAGUAAACAUGUAUAAACCUAAGAGGAAACUCAAGAGGAAAGCUGAUUCUCAAGAAGAUCAAGUCAAGCCAGAUCUUCUUGCUCAGAAGAAAGUUAAGGUUGAGCAAACUCUUGAUGAGCAAAGAACCAAGAAGAAACAUGAAGCUGCUACUAAAACUCUUGGUGCCAGGCUGCGUAAGAGACAAGUUCCUGAUUCUAAAGGUAAGACUCCUAAGUAUACCUUUAAUGAAGCUGAAAUUGGAAUAGGUUUUACCAAACCUCUUAGAACUAUCCAUCCCAAAUCUAUUAACAUUUCAACUUCUGAUAAUCCCCUAUCUGAACUAGAAAAACAUCUUAGCCCUGACCCCCUAAAUAAUCAACCUUUUACUCAUGAAACCAACAAAUCUUCAUCACCUCCUAAACCAAAAUCACCUCAACCCCAACCACAACAAGAAUCACCUGACAUUCCAUCAUCUGAACCCCAACCAGAUAUUCCUACUACUGAACAAGCCUCUCCCACCAAACAACCCUCUCUGGGUGAUGAUAUCAAGUCUGUUAUUGGAAAACGGGAUAUGGAGGUGGUUCAUCUGAUGAAGGAAGGCUUAGCAAGGGCUGGUUUGAAAAGGCUAACUAUGUAUAGUCAUGAAGAGAAUGAGCGUGCCAAGUUUGCUGCUGUAUCUGCUGCUGUGAGGCGUCUGACUGCUUUUAAGGAUUGCUGGGUUGAUUCCAAACUUUUCAAGAGUCUUGAAGAUCAGAGGAUUGAAAAUGAACGAUUGGCUGAAGCUGCUGCAAGGAUUGCCCAACAAGCUGAUGAGAUGAACCAAGAGGAUGCUCCGGAUGCUGAUGUUCUUAUGAUUGAUUAUCAAGAGGAUGGUGAACCCUCCUCUAAUAAAGGAAAAGCUCCUAUGGAUUCAGAUCAGCUAAGGGUUCUUCAGGAUGCAUUGAGGCAACAACAAGAAGCUCUUGAGAGACACAGAUCAAAUCAUCAGAAUCUGGAGUCCAAGGUGGAUAAGCUUGACUCCAAAGUGGACUCCUUGAACGACAAAUUUGACAUCCUCUUAGCUUUUCUUCAAAAACCUUGGGAUUCUAUGCACCUUUAUGACUGUUUAUUUAUCUUUAGUAUCUUCUGA